GCCACGCGUGUGAAGAGUGUGACGUAUCCUGUCUGGAGUGUCGGGGUCCUGGUUCAGCCAACUGCACCAUGUGUCCUCCUCAGGCCAUCUUAGAAGCUGGAGGGCGCUGUCUGCUGUGUUGCCGCCAUGAGGAAGAGGAGGAGGAGGAGGAGGCCUCGACGCAGCAGCAGGACUGUUGUAACUGCACUGAGACUCGAGGCGAGUGUGUCCUCAGCACCAACCUGGCCUUCAGAAACGAGGAGGAAGAGGAGGCUCGAGGUAACCUGGCCCUUUUCAUCAUCGCCUGCAUCCUGUUGGUGCUUGGACUAGUAGCCGUAGUGUUCCUCAUCAGACACUCCCGCUCCAAGAGAGCACCCCCGGACAUCACUCCCCGCGGCUACGAGAAGCUGGGCUCCGGCGGGGGUUACGGAGGCAGCAGACAUGGCGGCUACAGCUCUUCCUCCUCUACGUCUCACAGCAACCGUGGCGCCAGCUCCUCCUCCUCCGGAGGCCGCUUCCAAGAGUCUCAGCUGGUUGACAUCAGCGAGCGUCGCUCAGGGGCUAAGGAGGAUGACGACGAUGACGAGGACGAGGACAUUGUUUACAUGGGUCAGGAUGGCACUGUGUACAGAAAGUUCCGGUACGGACAGCUGGGAGAGGACAACGAGGAUGAGUUGGAGUACGAUGACGAGAGCUACACGUUCCGAUGAAGAUUAAGAAAACCUUUAUCCUUCCUCUUUCCUCUGUGCUCUUCAUCUCCUCCUACCCAGGGGGGGCAGACCCAUUUAUCCUCCUCUGAAUAUGAGUUGAAACGAGACAUGAGAAGCUAUUUAUAAAGCGCGGCAUUCUACAACUGCUAUCCAUUCACAAAAUGAAAAGUACAGCUAAAAAAGUCAACGUGAAACACUCUCAAGGGCUUUUUUUAUAUAAUGAAGCUUCAGUUCUAGUCUUGUUUUUAAGUAUGUUGACUCCCUGCAUAUAUCUUUAUAUUAAAUAACUUGAAUUAGUAUUACCUAGUUUUGAAAAUGUCAUGAAUCAUACUAUCCAUCUUUUUAAUUGUUGUGUCAGAUUUGCAUUGUAAACUUAAUGAAACGUUGUAUUUCUUUUGCUUUCCUACAUCCCCAUGUUUUCUCCUGACUUUGACUUUUCAUUUCAAAAGGUGUUCUGUUCAAAUAAAGUCUCAAAAAGAAA